UUACGUGUCACUGUCACAUGAAAUUUUGGCGCGAAUUGUCGACGAUUUGUCAAGUGUUUGUUACAUUAUUUUGUAUUUAAUACAUCUUAUGACUAUAAUUGAGCUGAGUUAUCACGGAAACGAAUCCGUUUUAAUUUAUUUCUUCAAAAUCACUUAGUUUUACCAAGUUACUUAGUUUAGUCCUCAGAUCAUCUAGUGAGUUAUGGCAACCAACGGCUUUACGGAUCACCAUGAUGAGUAUCAGUAUCUUAAGCUUGUUAAGCAAAUUAUAGACACAGGUGAUAAAAGAGUCGACAGAACUGGUGUCGGCACUCUGUCCAUUUUUGGGGCAAUGCAAAGAUAUUCACUUAAAAAUAAUACAUUACCCCUUUUGACCACAAAGCGGGUUUUUACUAGAGGAGUUCUGGAAGAAUUGCUAUGGAUGAUCUCUGGGUCAACUGAUGCCAAGGUCUUAGCUUCCAAAGGUGUACAUAUUUGGGAUGCCAAUGGGUCAAGAGCUUUUCUAGAUAAUCUGGGGUUUAAAGAGAGAGAAGAAGGAGACCUAGGUCCAGUGUAUGGAUUUCAAUGGAGACACAGUGGUGCUCAGUAUAUUGAUGCUAAAACUGAUUACAGUGGGCAAGGAAUUGACCAGCUCCAAAACAUUAUUAACAGUAUAAAGAAAAAUCCUGCAGACAGAAGGAUGCUGAUAUGUGCGUGGAAUCCUUCAGAUUUGGGUAAAAUGGCCCUGCCACCAUGCCACUGCUUGGCCCAGUUCCAUGUAGCCAGUGGCAAGCUGUCCUGUCUCUUGUACCAAAGAAGUGCGGACAUGGGCCUUGGAGUGCCCUUCAACAUUGCCAGCUAUUCCCUUUUGACCCAUAUGAUUGCCCACAUUACAGGUCUCGAGGCUGGAGAAUUUGUGCACACAACUGGCGAUACUCAUGUUUACCUAAAUCACAUUGAGCCUCUCAAAGUACAACUGGAAAGGCAACCCAAACCAUUCCCAACAUUAGAGUUUGCACGCAAAGUAGAUUCCAUCAAUGAUUUUAAAUAUGAGGAUUUUAUAAUUAAAAAUUACAAUCCACAUCCUAAGAUUGAUAUGGAGAUGGCAGUUUAAGUGGUUAUAUUUGGGAAUUAUAUUAAAAAUAUAUGACCAUAAGAUAAGUAUUAUGUCGUAUUUUUACUAUAUAAAAAAUGUUACUGUGUAGGUAUGAAUGUAGAUAAAAAUAAUUUAAAAUCAUUUAUUGCUUUCAAAUUGUACUCUUCACAUACAUAAUUGUUUUACAACUACAAAUAAAACCCCAAUUUUAUUUUACUAAAUGGCAAUGCAAUUUAUAAAUAAAAGAUAAGUGAUGCUACUAAAAUAAACACUUCAUUACAAUGUU